UUUUUUUUUUUGUUUAACCAGGUGUUGGCCUUGCGGCCCAGCUGAAGAUUUUUUUGUUAGUGUUAAUGAACUCUAUAGAAGUACAUUAAUUUUACUAUGACUAAGCAAAUGAAUAUUUUUGAAACUACAUAAGACAUCUAACCUAUACUAAAAGGGAGAUAUACUCAUCAGCUAAGUCAUUCACGUAGUCAAAAAUAUUCAGCCUAUCAGACAUUACGUUUUUGCCACGUCACAAGGCGUCCAGUUACAAUUGAGCUAAGCAAAACAUGUUGGGCUUAACCUAAUCGAAGUGGCCCACUCCCAGUCAAACCCAGCUCCUGGUCCAUCUUCGGUGAAAAGGAUCGCCGACACUUCAUCUUCAAUCUCAUCGUAUACGAUUCAUGUCUCUUGAUUCUCUUCUAUCAAAAUUUUGAAACCCUAAAUUAACGUUCCAACACCUUUGUCUGCGACGUAAGAUUUCAGAGUGAUUAGUCGGAGUCAUGUAAAACCAGGACAACGGUUCAGAGGUUACGGCCAUCCAACAACAAAACAGUGAGACUCCAAAGGAACCACAAUCUCAAAAAGAGGAGUUUCCUCGGGCACCCUCUGAUCACCAGAGCAUCUUGGUUUCUCUAUCGUCCAGAUCAGUGUGGAAAGGAACGGUGUGUGAGAGGUCUCAUCUCUUCCGGAUAAAAUACUAUGGUAGUUUCGAUAAACCCUUGGGACGGUUCUUGAGAGAUCAUUUGUUCGAUCAUGCAAGUUUUACAGUUUGACUUCUCUAUUUCAGCUUACAUAAUAAUUUGGUAACCCAAAUAUAUGCUCGAAUCGCAGGGAUACAGGUGUCGUUCAUGUGAGAUGCCAUCAGAAGCUCACGUUCACUGUUACACUCAUCGACAAGGCAGCCUUACGAUAUCUGUCAAGAAGCUUCAAGAUUAUCUCUUACCUGGUGAAAAAGAGGGGAAGAAUUGGAUGUGGCAUAGAUGCAUGAGAUGCCCUCGACCUGACGGUUUUCCUCCGGCGACUCUACGAGUGGUGAUGUCUGAUGCUGCAUGGGGAUUAUCGUUUGGGAAGUUUCUGGAGCUCAGUUUCUCAAAUCACGCAGCUGCCAGUAGAGUAGCAUGUUGUGACCAUUCUCUCCAUAGAGACUGUCUUCGCUUCUACGGAUUUGGGAACAUGGUUGCUUGCUUCCGUUACGCUACUAUAGAUGUGAAUUCUGUCUACCUUCCACCCUCAGUUCUUGGUUUCAACUAUGAUAAUCAGGACUGGAUACAAAGAGAGACAAAUGAGGUGGUAGAGAGAGCGGAGCUUCUGUUUUCUGAAGUAUUAAAUGCUAUUAGUCAAAUUGCAGCAAAAGGUUUUAGGCGUCGAAUUGGCGAACUCGAAGAACUGCUGCAAAGAGAGAAAGCAGAGUUCGAGGAUAAUAUUGCAAAGGGAGGUGAAGGAAGGCCAACCUCAAGUGGAUAUUCUUGAGCUGUACCAGCUUCGCAGACAGCUCAUUUUUCAGUCAUAUAUGUGGGAUCACCGCUUGAUUAAUGCAUCAAGUUUAUCUAAGAUUGAGAGUAGUGAUGAAAAUGAGAAAGUACCCUUGGCUAAGAGCCAGACCCUCCCCGAGAUGAAUGCUGGGACUAACUCUCUUCUUUCUGGCUCAAAGGUUGAUCAGAAUCCUGAUGGUGGUUCUACUGAUGACACUAAGGUUCAGAAGGAAUCGGAUACAAAUUUAGAUUUGAAUCCGUAAAAUGAAGAUGGUGGAGAAGUCUCUCCCAGCAAGACCUUACCUGAUAGUUCUGAACCUCUAGAAAGUAAACUCGAUGAUGUUCGCAAGACACAGUCUGAUGGCGAGAUAGUUAUGAAAAAUCUAUCAGCUACUCUUGAUGCAGCAUGGAUAGGCGAGCGUCAGACAUCAGGGGAGAUUCCAACCAAUACUAAGAUCUUGAUUCCUCCUUCAAACUCUUCAACUUUCCCUCCAAUAGAUCUCCCAGAACAGCAAAACGAAUUCAAGGUGGCGUAUCCAGUUUCACCUGUUCUACCGAGUAAAGAUUAUGAGAGCUCAGAAGAUUCUGUAAGCUGGUUAGGUGUGCCAUUCCUCAAUUUCUACCGCUCCAUCAACAAGAUUUUUCUCCUUAGCUCUCAGAAACUCGAUACAUUUGGAGAGCAUAGCCAUAUCUAUAUUUCAUCUUUUAGAGAGGCAGAGCUUCAAGGUGGACCAAGGCUACUUCUUCCCGUAGGCAUCAAUGAUAUUGUUGUUCCGGUGUAUGAUGAUGAACCCACAAGUAUGAUCGCAUACACCUUGACGUCACCUGAGUAUCAACGCCAAAUAUCUCUAGAAGGGGAAUCUCUAUAUAAGACUCAAACCCCUCUUAAACCUCCAUUAAUGGGUUCGUUUCGCAUCCCUCUCUCUGGUCUGCGAAGUUUUUUUUCAGAGUGAUUUAAAUGUCAAAGCAACAAUAUGAGCUACACCAACAAAAAUAGAAGACUGAAGAUUAAGGAAUUAGAGUUGCGAUUAAAAGAAAAUUAGAAGCCAGCCUCCUAUUUGGUACAUUCUAUUACAUUUAUGCAAAAAGCUGCACUGGUGUCAAUGCAACAGUCGCGCUUCUCUACUAUUUGGUACAUUCCAUUACAUUAAUGCAGAAAGAUGCACUGGUGUCAAUGCCUCACAGAGAUUCCAUUACACUCACGACUGGAAUAAAACAGCAAAGGCAAGAAAUAAAGAAGGCGCAGAAGUCAGACAUUCUCUUUUGGCUACCAAUUUUUUCCAUGGAUAUAGGGUGUGACCGUGCAAGCAAGGUAAUUCACGCUAAUUAGGCGUCUGUGAUGUGCAUUAUCUGGUUAUUUAUGUGGAGUACAAAGUCUUUCUAUUCCUUAGCUGCUGUCCUGAGGAGUUGAAAAAACAAAAUAUUAUGCCACUCCAGCCGGUGCUUUUGAAAUCGGGCUUGAACGGCUUGAGUUAAUGUGACAUUGCUUCUCUUCAACUAUAAGGAGACAAGCAAGAGAGUGCUAAAACCUUCAACAAAGGCAAUUCAUAUCUCAAUAGAAAGAAGAAGUAUGGUCAGAAGAAAAAAGUGAUGAUGAGCUAAGUAAAUGAACAUGAUCUUCCUACCAAGUCCUAAGGCCUUGGCUGUAUCUUUUCUGCCAUAAGCAUAUCAAGAAAAAAUAAUGUCCGUCUAACUCCCAGGAGCAAAGGAGGAGUUAGUUUCCAGCAAUGUCCCUGUCACAAAUGUUGUUUGUCUCCAUCAAUUUAUUAUUUAUAAAUGAUAAUGUCAAUUUUAGC